UAUAUCAGCUGGGGGACUGCGAGCUGCCGUCUCACUCGGCUCCACCGUGCGGGGAGGAAUGGCAGGCUGGGGGGGCUUCUUCUUUUCUCUUCUCAACUACAAAACGGAGAAAUAUGUCAUUGCAGAAAACAGAAGAAUCGGAAUAUUAUUUCGGCUCUACCAGCUGGCAGUGCUGGGAUACAUUAUUGGGUGGGUGUUUGUGGUGAAGAAGGGGUACCAGGAGAAAGAAGAGGCCAUCCAGAGCUCAGUCAUCACCAAGCUUAAAGGCGUCACUCUGACCAACACUUCUGAGACGGGGCCUUACCUGUGGAGUGCCGAGGACUAUGUCAUACCCCCAAAUGGUGAGCAGGUGUUCUUUGUUGUAACAAAUUACAUAGAGACUCCCAAUCAAAGGCUGGGCUUCUGUGCUGAGAGUUCCAAGGUGCCAGAUGGACGAUGCAAAACUGAUGAUGACUGCAUGGAGGGGGAGCCUGUAACAGCAGGUCAUGGAAUCAAGACUGGCUUGUGUUUAAACAGCACCGGGACCUGCGAGAUUCAUGCCUGGUGUCCCGUUGAAUACAACAAGAGACCCGCAGAGCCCUUACUGAGUGAUGCAGAAAACUUCACCAUCUACAUCAAGAAUUUCAUCAGGUUCCCCAAGUUUGAGUUCUCCAAAGCCAAUGUCCCUGAAACUUCUGAUGAAAGCUACCUAAAGAGAUGUUUCUAUGAAAAAGAGAAUCAUCCUUACUGCCCCAUCUUUCGCCUCAGAGAUCUUGUCAGCAGCGCUGGACAUGAUUUCCAGGAAAUGGCUGUUAAGGGCGGCUCUGUUGGCAUUCUCAUUGAGUGGAACUGUGACCUGGAUAAAGAUUAUUCUCUGUGUAAUCCACAGUACAGCUUCACCCGUUUGGACAUUAAUUUGAACAACUCAAUCACAUCGGGAUACAACUUCAGAUAUGCCAGAUACUAUAAGGAUCAAAAUGGGGAAACCUAUCGCACGUUGUAUAAAGUGUAUGGGAUUCGCUUUGAUAUAAUGAUCAAUGGUCAGGCCGGGAAAUUCAAUAUUGUCCCCACAAUAAUUGCCAUUGGCUCAGGUGUUGCUCUCCUCGGUGCAGGAGCCUUUGCCUGUGAUAUGAUAUUAUUGUACAUGAUGAACACGAGCUCCUACUACCGAGAGAGGAAAUUUGAAAUCAUCAACUUCAAAAAAGAGAGGACCAAAGUUAAAGAUGAGAAAGCGGGCCAUCGGGAAAAGAGGUCCAGAAGACCAGGGACAGAGAAAGGGGCUACAAAUUCCAUCAAAAACCCAGGAGAAACUGAGCCCACUGCAGGAUCUUCUGCAGAGAGCCAGCCACCUACAGAGAAAAGGGGUCCCACAAUUCCACGUAACACGGGACAGCGAUACUCUGCUCCACCCCAAGGCCCCGAGACGAAGCAUCAUAUCACUUUCAUGGCUCACAACUAGGUCUGCAGGCAGAGCAAGAUCAGCUGUUUGUUUUCCUGCAUGAGGCGGAACCCAAAGGUGGGACUGACGUCCACGUCUUACCUGCUGGCACAACUGCUAGCACGGUCACUAGCAUGAAUGAUGCCCUGACUGAAGAUGUGUUGAUCCAGGGGAAUGUAAAUGUUGUGCAAAGUGCAUGAUGUCAGGACAUCAAAGAAAGUAGCAGGGUCAGGAUUCAAAACAGAUUCAUUAACACUCAACUGGUAAUUAGCAGUGACAGUAAUUACAAUAUAUAGUAAUAAAAGUAAAAAAGUAGGCAUGAAAGUUUUUAAAAACUACACUUAGAAGCAAUUCAUAAGAAAAUGUGUGGUCUUAAUUGUGUUUUUACAGCUCAACACAUGUAUUGUGUUGUUAAAAUGCACAAACACUGUUGCUGCUUUCUGCUGUAUGUUCAGUUAACUGUACUGAUCAUGGCUUUGAUGCGAAGCUUUUACACAGUAUUCACUGGCAACACUGAAGAAUACAGCCUGACAUGCACUACGAGUCCAAAUGGACAUAUUCUCUGUGUAAUAAAUGGAAACUGAAAUGCAGUCUCCCUUUAUU